UGUGUACAUCAGUGAAGCAACAGACGGUAAAGUACUGAGAAUAAUAUAGAAUUAUUGGUUAUUUCACUGUAAAGGAAAAGGUGUUUGUGAAAAAUUUUGGCAGUAAAUUUUCUAUAUCAUGUCAGAAAACAGGAGUAAAGUUCGUCGUGUUGGAGUCGUAGGCUUUGGACAUCUUGGUCAAUACCUGGUCAAAGCAAUCCUUAAUAGUAAAGACCUGGAGUUAGGGUUUGUUUGGAAUAGGACCUAUGAGAGUGUCCUAGGACAUGUUGACAAUAAUUUGAUAUUGAAAGAUCUGGAAAAAUUCACAGAAAGAAAAGUUGACCUGAUUGUUGAGGUGGCUCAUCCAUGCAUCACAGAUAAAUUUGGAGAAAUGUUUUUAGAGCAUGCAGAUUAUAUGAUUGGCUCACCAACUACUCUUGCAAAUGAAGCAAUACAACAGAAAAUUUAUGCAAAAGCUCUUUCUAAUUCUCAUGGUCAUGGGCUAUACGUUCCUAGUGGUGCUUUCUGGGGUGCAGAAGAUGUUAAAAAAAUGGCUGAUAGAGGUACACUAAAGGAAUUGAAGGUGACCAUGAAGAAAACACCAUCUGCUUUCAAACUGUGUGGUGAAUUAAAAGAGAAGAAUGAGAAAGUCACCAAAGAUCCUGUGGUUCUUUACUCAGGUCCUGUGAGAGAUUUGUGUCCCUUAGCACCAAACAAUGUUAACACCAUGGCAGUCGCUGCAAUUGCUGCUCAUAAUUUAGGUUUUAGUGGUGUUCAUGGCUGUUUGGUUGCUGAUCCAAGUUUAGAUUGUCAUCUUGUGGAAAUUGAAAUUUUUGGUCCUGGCGAGGAAACAAACAAAUUUCACGUGAAGACAGUCCGAACUAACCCGGCUAAAACUGGUGUUGUCACUGGGAAUGCAACUUAUAGUUCUUUCUUAAGCAGUUUGUUGGUUUCUCGAAACAAAGGCGUUGGCAUUCAUCUGUCGUAACGACAAGUGUCCCAGUGAGAUGUAAGAUCAAGAAACGAUUGAGGAACGAUUUG